AUGGGAGUCCACUUCGGUCCAAACGGAGCAUCCAUUUUCGGCCCCAGAAUCAACCCUGUACACGCAAACAUUUUCGGUCAGCAUCACAAUCUCGUGUACCCACCGGCCAUUUUCUUCAACGCUCACCGCACUGGUCCCAGUAAUUUCUCGGCGGCCUUUCAAGGCAUCAUGCAGGCAAGCAAAAACUUUCGUUUCGAGGGAAAUAAAAUUUUAAAUGGGAACAACAACAACAACAACACUGAAAAUAACUACCACAACAUCAACAUUGGAAAUAACAUUAACAACCUCAUUAACAACAACAACAACAACAACGGCAGCAGCAGCAAGGACAACAUAGCGAAUCAGUUUUUGAUAGAUAAAGACAGAACAUUAUCGGACCCAUCAGCGUCCAUGUUUCCACAACAACACGCUCAUUACUUGCACCAACAUCGUCACCACAAACUCGCAAUAUCCACACAGAUCGGCUUAACGACAACGACAAACGUUCAACAGCCGCCGUUAUAA